CUUUGCUUGUGCUUUUGGAGCACAAAGGCAGAAGGGGGUUUGACAAAAUGGCCCAAGAGGUCUCUUCCAACCCUCUUUAUUAUUUUUAUUAUGAUAAUGACGAUGAUGAUGAUUAUUAUUAUUAACAUUGAGGCUGUAUUUGUUCCCAUUUUGUUUUUGUUUUUUUUUACUUCAAAAUAAGGUAUGUGCAGUGUGCAUAGGAAUUUGUUCAUAGUUUUUUUUAAAAACUAUAGUCCGGCCCUCCAACAGUCUGAGGGACCGUGAACUGGCCCCCUUUUAAAAAAGUUUGGGGAUCCCUGCAGUAGAGUCUCGCUUAUCCAACUUUCAAUUAUCCAACGUUCUGUAUUAUUCAACACAGUCUGCCUCCCGCCCAGGUCCACAGCUGUUUCUCUAGGCAGCAACACGUAGUAGGCAAAUACGCCCAGCAACAACACAAGUGCAGCCAUACUCCAAACAAGUGGAAGACUUGUUGUAAAACGUGAUGUUUUGGUGCUUAAUUUGUAAAAUACUUGUAGGAAUAUUUGAGUGUCACUUUCUUUUCCCUCGCUGGAAUGCACUUUCCUCAGCCCGCGUCAAAGGGAGCCACGCUCUGUAAGGAUGAGGAAGAGUUCCUUCUCUUCUGCGAUCACCCCAUUAUGUGAUGCCCUCUCCUUCAAAGCCCGCCAGUGAAUGUUGGUGUAAUUCCAAUCUCCAGGUCUUUCUGGUUGCUGUAACUUUUAAAUUAUUCAAGUUUAAACUUUUUUUAAUAUGGUCUUAUAUUCUUGUUGUUGUUGUUGUUAUUCAUGUUAUUUGUAACCGGCCUUUCCUAAUGGCUUGGGGUGGAAUACAACACAUGUAUUGCUUAUAUUAAAAAACACAGAACAAAGAUUAAAACACCAAUAUUAAUAAAACAUACAUUUAAAAUUCACAGUUUAAAAUCAACUCGAUUGGCCUGCUGAAAGAGAGAGAUUUCUCAGUGACAGCUCAUUUAGCUGUGAAAAUAUCUUCUGCCAGAUCAUUCCAUAGACCAGCGUAGCCAACAAUGAAGGACUGCUUCUUUUAUUCACUUGGAUUUAUGUAUUUUCUGCAUUAUCAUGCUUUUCUGCCCAGCAAAGGAUUGAAGGCAGGCAACAAUCUCUUAAAAUAAAUUCCAACUCAAGAACCAUUAAUAAGAAAAGUUUAAAAUAGUAAAACCUAAACAUGUGUUGUCGAAAGCUUUCAUGGCCAGGAUCACAGGGUUGUUGUAUGUCUUUCGGGGUGUGUGGCCAUGUUCCAGAAGUAUUCUCUCCUGACGUUUCGCCCACAUCUAUGGAAGGCAUCCUCAGAGGUGUGAGUGUGCCGUCGCGCCUAGGGCUAUAACUCUUAGUGAAAGAGGCAUGGACGUGACAUCUUUCCCCAGGGGAUUGCUUCUUGCCCUCCUUUAGGGAAACUGGAACUCCCAAGGACCAAAACACUGUAGAUAACUCAAAAACUGGGUUUAUUGUUCACAAAGGGGGUAAAAGAAAAUAUACAUUACAGUCUUUGAUUGUUUUAAGUCCGUGGAGCUUUUCCAGUUCCCUCUUUCUCUGGCCGUGAAUGCUGGAGCAAACUCAGCCUCAGUCCAAUGACCUAUGUCUGAAGACAAGAGUCUUCCUCUGUUGCCAAAGGACUGAUGUGAAGGCGCUUGAGACUCCUCAACGUCAUUCAGGUUGGCCCUGAACAUGAAGCGUAAGUCCCAAGGGUAAGAACCUCAGAAUUGGUGCUGAGAGGUAACUUUUCAAGGGCUUUCAGAGCCAAGUCUCUCUCUCACAUCCAUCUGGUAGAGAGCUUGCUGGUGGAAUGAAAAGGAGGAAACACUGUCCUACUCCAGGAAGAGGUGGAGCCAAACGGUUGAGCUGGGUGAACAAUAUAACAGGUGCAAACAACAUUGACUGACAGAUAAAUAACCAAUCCAACUACAUUUACAGGGUAAGGGCAAAAUCAGGCAUGAUACAACAAUUCAAAUCUUGCAACUUAUAGUUUGACAUAUAGAUGGCGCCACUCGCGCCGUCACAGUGAGGCAUGGAUAAACUAGGCAAGGAAAGGAAAAAAUAUAUAUCUGUGGAGAGUCAAGAGACAAACCUUUCCAAUGCUAAUUAGGGUGAUUAACUGAAACCUUAAUGCUGGCUUCCAAUUGACAAAGGACUCUUGCCACAUCCUGGACUCUCCACAGAUAAAUAUUUUUUCCUUUCCUUGCCUAGUUUAUCCAUGCCUCACACCUCUGAGGAUGCCUGCCAUAGAUGUGGGCAAAACAUCAGGAGAGAAUACUUCUGGAACAUGGCCACACACCCCGAAAGACAUACAUCAACCCUGAAAACCUAAACAAUUACAUUUUGGGAACACAGGCUAAUGUUUGUUUAAAAAACACCUUUUUCAACACAGACACACCACACUCUGGAGCCGGAGGUAAUAACGUGAAGCCCUGGGAGACUGCGACACAUCACUGCUCUCCAUUCAGAAGGAAGAGGAGGGCAAAGGGGCCUCCAAAGAAAGGAGGGGAGAAUGAAGGAGAAGGCUCAAAAAGCCAUACAGAGUGUUAGAAAAGUUAGCUUCUGGCCUUCCAAGUUGGACCUCUCUGGCAGAGCAUUAUAAAGGCCCCUCCCUAAACACAUUGCAGUGUAAGAAAUCACAUAAACAGAAUCUUUAGCGACUCUCCUCUUUGUAUCUGAGCAGGGAUCAUUCAUUGUUGGACUGGUGGUAAGUCACAGGGCAACAGGCACCUUCCCUCUUCCCCUGGUUUGCUAAACAUUAGGCAAUUGUUCUGUUUGACUGACCGCAUCCUCUUGCACAAACCCGCCCAGGCCCUGAGAUUGUCAGGAGAGGCCCUUCUCUUGGUCCCUCCUCCAUCUCAAGCUCGUUUGGUGGAAACGAGAGUGUGCCUUCUCACUGGCUGCUCCUUGAUUCUGGAACUUCCUGCCCAAGGAAACCAGAAUGGCCCCCUCCAUGUUGUCCUUCCGGCGGCAGGCUAAAACCUUUUUAUUCAGACAGGCUGUUAAGAUCAAUUCAGGGAGUGUUGUGGUUUGUAACUUUAGAUAUGAUUCAAUAGUUUUAUCUGGUAAUUUUUUAAACACUGUUUAUAUUUCAUCCUGUUUUAAUGUUUGCAUAUUUGUAUAUUAUUUAUUGCAUGCUGAUGACUUUAUGUUAAGCCGCUUUGAGUCUCCUGCAGGAGAGAUUUUUUUUUUCAUGUCAGAAGCAACCGGAGUUGCUUUUGGAGUGAGAGAAUUGGCCGUCUGCAAAGACGUUGCCCAGGGGACGCCCGGGUGUUUUGAUGUUUUACCAUCCUUGUGGGAGGCUUCUCUCAUGUCCCGCAUGGAGCUGGAGCUGAUAGAGGGAGCUCAUCCACGCUCUCCCCAGGUGGGAUUUGAACCUGGCAGCCUUCAGGUCAGCAACCCAACCUUCAAGUCACGAGGCUUUUAUCCCCUAGGCCACCAGAGGCUGGAGAGAUAAAGCAGGGUAUGAAUGCAAAUAAUAAUAAUAAUGAUGAUGAUGAUGAUGAUGAUGAUGAUGUUCCAUGAGAUCUGUUCAACUCCUGAAAAGAUUUUACUUUCUUUCGUCUGGCAGCUAACCUCUGAACAAGUCUUGUGAAGAACACCUAGUGAGAGCUUUGCCCGGGGAGUAAAUCUAAAGUGACUUGAAGAUACACAACAAUGAGAAGAAUAAAAAAUAAGUAGUACACAAAUAUAUUUCAAGCUACAUACCCAUGCAGAAUGUGCUGUAAAAAGAACGGCUUGGGAAAGCCAGCAGAAUUCUACAGCAGUACAAACACAGUGCUGUUCAAGAGGUUAUAAACACCUGGCAUAAUACUUAAAUUAUAAAUUUAAAAGAAUGGCAAGUCCUCUACCUCCUUAUCCCAAAUCACACACAGGGGAGAAGUUACAUCAGUGUCUGGAAUGUGGAAAGCCUUUCACUCACCGUGGAAACCUGCUUUGCCAUCAAAGGACCCACACAGGGGAGAAGCCACAUAAAUGCAUGGAAUGUUUAGAAAGCUUCAGUCGGAGUGACAGUCUACGUUCCCAUCAAAGGACCCACACAGGGGAGAAGCCAUAUAACUGCAUGGAAUGUGGAAAGAGCUUCAGUCACAGUAACAGUCUACGUUGCCAUCAAAGGACCCACACAGGGGAGAAGCCACAUAAAUGCAUAGAAUGUGGAAAAAGCUUCAGUCGGAGUGGACAUCUGCAUUCCCAUCAAAGGACCCACACAGGGGAGAAGCCAUAUAAAUGCAUGGAAUGUGGAAAGAGCUUUAGUCAAAGUAACAGUCUGCGUUCCCAUCAAAGGAUCCACACAGGGGAGAAGCCACAUAAAUGCAUAGAAUGUGGAAAGAGCUUCAGUCGGAGUAACAGUCUGCGUUACCAUCAAAAGACCCACACAGGGGAGAAGCCAUAUAAAUGCAUGGAAUGUGGAAAGAGUUUCAGACAGAGGGCACAUCUUCAUUCCCAUCAAAGGGCCCAUAGAGGGGAGAAGCCAUAUAAAUGCAUGGAAUGUGGAAAGUGCUUCAGUCAUGGUUGGAGUCUGCGUUCCCAUCAAAGGACACACACAGGAGAGAAGCCGUAUAAAUGCAUGGAAUGUGGAAAGCGCUUCUCUUGGAGUGGACAUCUGCGUUCCCAUCAAAGGACACAUACAGUGGAGAAGCCAUAUGAAUGCAUGCAGUGAGGAAGGAGCUUCAGUCAGAGUGACAGACUGCAUUUCCUUCAAAGGACCCCCACAGGGGACAAGCCACAUAAAUGCAUGGAAUGUGGAAAAAAAACUUCAGAGUAAGUUCAGCAUGCAUUAGACAUCAAAGAACUCAUGUGUAACUAGAGGAGGAGACAUGCCUUUGGGUUUCCUUGUUCUCUUUAAAAGACCUGAUCAAUGGCUACUGGGGGCAGGAUUCAUUCAGAGGGGGACCUUUCUCAGUAUAGCAGCAAGCUUUGAAGGGGUUCACCUCCUCCACAAGGAAUCCCAUUGUAGACUUCUAGGAUGAUGUGUGAAUGUUUGCUGAAAUGGGCACCGAGAUCUCUAGAUAAAGGGGUUUUUGAAAAAGAAUAAGUCUUUGGUAGCAGAUAAUAUCAUAUCUUCUGACGCUUGUCUCCAGGCUUGGCUCUGCUGCACCUCGGUUAGAAUUUGGAUUCUAGCCUUGUACCUGUAAACCUUUUCUGUUGUAUCCUGAAUUGUUGACUCUACAUUCUAGGCUGACUUCCUGGCUUCAUUUAUGGACAUGGGCUUUGUUUCCCGGACUUUCUGGUUUGACUUUGGAACUCUGAAUUCUGUUUGGACUCUUGAAUUCUUUGUUAUUUUUUAGCAGCUCUGUUGAAUGAACUCCUGGCACGUGACUAUUGCACCGUAACCUUUGCUGUUGUUUACAUUUACUCCUGACCUGGAUCUGUAGUACUCUGGAUCUGUAUUGUUGACUCUACAUUCUAGGCUGACUUCCUGGCUUCAUUUAUGGACAUGGGCUUUGUUUCCCGGACUUUCUGGUUUGACUUUGGAACUCUGAAUUCUGUUUGGACUCUUGAAUUCUUUGUUAUUUUUUAGCAGCUCUGUUGAAUGAACUCCUGGCACGUGAAUAUUGCACCGUAACCUUUGCUAUUGUUUACACUUGCUCCUGACCUGGAUCUGUAGUACUUGUCUGCAUUAAUUGAAUUCUUGACCUUGCCUUGUGUUUGUUAUUACUUUUACUAUGUUGCUGUAAUUGUUUUCUUAUAAGUAAAUAUGGUGUUGGCUUAUCUUGUGUUUGUUUAAUAAACCUCAGACUUUAUACUUUAUACCUUUAUAAGUGAAGUGAAGUGAAUACCGGGAGAUCCUGGUGUGGCGCAGGUGGGAGAGCAAGCCAGCUGCAAUUAACUGCAAUGAAUCACUCUGACCAGGAGGUCAUGAGUUCGAGGCCCGCUCUGAGCCUAUGUUUGUUUGUCUUUGUCCUAUGUUAAAACAGGCAUUGAAUGUUUGCCUAUAUGUGUAAUGUGAUCCACCCUGAGUCCCCUUCGGGGUGAGAAGGGCGGAAUAUAAAUGCUGUAAAUACAUAAAAUAAAUAAAUAUUUAUCACUGCUUACAAUGAACCAUUUUUGGUAUUUGGGACAGUUUAAUCACCACUGUUGGCAAAGGGCCCAUUAGGAUACAUGGCAUAUCUCUCUCACUGCAGAGAAUGGAAGACACAGAAUGAUGACAACAACUGGUGAUGAUUCAUAAAUCAGUUGAGAUGGAGAAAUUAACUAAAUUGAUGACGUAUAAGACAGCAUUUAAAGGAAUGUCUCCAGAGAAGAGCUAUAGGGAAUGCCUGAGGGAGCUAGGUAUGUUUAGUUCAGAGGGGGGGGAAAGGCCGUGGGGACAAGAGAGCCAAUAUUUGGAAGGAUGUCCCAUUGAGGAGAAAAGGGCAAGUUUUUCUGCUGCUCUGGAGACUAAAAUAUAAAGCAACCGAUUCACAUUGCAGGAAAGCAGCUUCCACCUAAAUAUCAGGAAGAAUUUCCUGACUGAAAGACCUAUUCAGCCAAAGAAGCAUUGUUCCUUCUCAGGAGCCUCCCUUCCCAAACCCUUGCCUUCCACUGUCUGGGAACUCCAUGUCCCAGAAUCCCUGAUCUUGGGCCAAGGCAGCUGAGGCUUUUGAGUGUUGAAGUCCCAAUAAAUACUGGAGGAAUAGAGUUAGAGAAUUCCUGUUCCAGAGAGUGGAGGGAAUGUGUCCCUUGGACGACAACUCCCAUCAUUCCUGCAGAAAGGCCUUCGACAACACACCGACUGGGUAGGCCUGCUGAGAGAGAGGUUUUUCCGUCAAGAUUUCUGUCUUAGCUGUCAAGAUUUCUUCCGCCAGGUCAUUCCAUAGUCCAGCGCAGCCAACAAUGAAGGCCUGCUUCUUUUAUUCACUUGGAUUUAUGUAUUUUCUGCAUUAUCAUGCUUUUCUGCCCAGCAGAGGAAUGAAGGCAGGCAUCAGUCUUUUAAAAUAAAUUACAACUCAAGAACCAUUAAAAAGAAAAGUUUAAAAUAGUAAAACCUAAACAAUUGUUUUCUGGAAACACAAGCUGAUGUUUUAAAAAACAUUUUUCACAACAGACACACCACACUCUGGAGUUGGAGGAUUUGUAUCUGAGCAGGGAUUGUUUUUAAUAAUCUAUCCUGUAUUUAUUACGGUCUUACCUUUUAUGUGUUUUUAAUGUAAUUUUUAUCCUGUAUUGUUGUUUUAAUGGAUAUAUUGCAUUACUGUUUUAUCUGUUUUAUAUUGUGAUUGUAUUAUGUUGCUUAUAUUUUGUCCUUACGUUGUUUGGGCCUCUGCCCCAUGUAAGCCGCCCCGAGUCCCCACGGGGAGAUGGUGGCGGGGUAUAAAUAAAGUUUUAUUAUUAUUAUUA